AAUCGUCUCCUUCCCUAAAAACACAGACAAAUAUCGCAUAAAAGGGUAACUUCAAAUCUGGGUUUCCUUCCUUUGAAUCGCCUCAUUUUUUUUCUUAUUUUCCUUCCCACCAUAUUCUUGUUUCUAAUUAUUGGGUAAAUCGCUGUCCCAACAUAAUCAGACUCUUCUUCCUUCCCCUUUUCACUUUUCCUUAAUAAGAGAAGAGUAAAGUUUAACAUGUUCUACAGAGGUAAAUAUACUGAUGGAGCUGAUGUGCAUGAAAUGGGCGCAAAACGUCAGCGGAUCAUUGGUCAAGGCCCUUCAUUCUAUGGUAAUUCACCAGGUUCAAGCUUUAUGUACACUGCCCCUCCUCCUUCUUACUCAUAUGUCAGCCAACCUCCACCUUUCCCUGUCGUUCGACUUCGUGGUCUUCCCUUCGAUUGCACAGAGGUUGAUGUGGCCGAGUUCUUCCAUGGUCUGGACAUAGUUGAUGUCCUUUUUGUCCACAAAAAUGGAAAGUUCAGUGGUGAAGCUUUUUGUGUUUUGGGUUAUCCUCUUCAGGUUGAUUUUGCCCUUCAAAAGAACAGACAAAACAUGGGCAGGAGAUAUGUAGAGGUUUUCAGAAGCAAGAGACAGGAAUAUUACAAGGCAAUAGCCAAUGAAGUGGCUGACGCUCGUGGCAGUUCACCUCGCAGAAACGCCCCAAGGGCCAAAUCUAGUGAUGAAGCAAAGGAAUCCGCCGAACAUACGGGGAUAUUGAGACUGAGGGGAUUGCCGUUUUCUGCUGGAAAAGAUGAUAUAAUAGACUUCUUCAAAGAUUUUGUGCUAUCAGAAGAUGCAAUUCAUGUGGUGUUGAAUUCAGAGGGGAGGCCAAGUGGAGAGGCAUUUGUGGAGUUUGAAAAUGCAGAAGAUUCGAAAGCCGCAAUGGCCAAGGAUAGGAUGACGCUGGGGAGCCGUUAUAUCGAGUUGUUCCCUUCGUUUCCUGAGGAGAUGGAUGAUGCAAUUUCCAGAGGAAGGUGAUUCUUCUGAAAAUGUUUUUAUUUGCUAUUCUAAACUUAUCUUUGGGGCUGGAAAAUUUUCUUUAGUAGUUUUCUUGGGUUAGAAAGAUAAAGUGUUACUGUCCGGUACCUGUGAGUUAUAUGCUAUUAUGGGUUAAAUACAAGAAGCUACUAUCUUUCAUUAGGCUUUUUAUGGUAUACUUGUAGUCUUUGAUUGUGGCCCGGCAAACUGAUCACUUGGUUGCAAGUCCAACUUCCUCUGGACAGUUUAGGGCAAUUAGCUGACAGUAGCAUUAUUUUGAU